AUGGAUGAGGACGUGCUACAUAUGGGUGACGACCAUAGUACAUAUGAGGACGUGCUACAUAUGGGUGAGGAUCAUAGUACAUAUGAGGACGUGCUACAUAUGGGUGAGGAUCAUAGUACAUAUGAGGACGUGCUACAUAUGGGUGAGGACCAUAGUACAUAUGAGGACGUGCUACAUAUGGGUGAGGAUCAUAGUACAUAUGAGGACGUGCUACAUAUGGGUGACGACCAUAGUACAUAUGAGGACGUGCUACAUAUGGGUGAGGACCAUAGUACAUAUGAGGACGUGCUACAUAUGGGUGAGGACCAUAGUACAUAUGAGGACGUGCUACAUAUGGGUGAGGACCAUAGUACAUAUGAGGACGUGCUACAUAUGGGUGAGGAUCAUAGUACAUAUGAGGACGUGCUACAUAUGGAUGAGGACCAUAGUACAUAUGAGGACGUGCUACAUAUGGGUGAGGAUCAUAGUACAUAUGAGGACGUGCUACAUAUGGAUGAGGACCAUAGUACAUAUGAGGACGUGCUACAUAUGGGUGAGGAUCAUAGUACAUAUGAGGACGUACUACAUAUGGGUGAGGACCAUAGUACAUAUGAGGACGUGCUACAUAUGGGUGAGGAUCAUAGUACAUAUGAGGACGUACUACAUAUGGGUGAGGACCAUAGUACAUAUGAGGACGUGCUACAUAUGGAUGAGGAUCAUAGUACAUAUGAGGACGUGCUACAUAUGGAUGAGGACCAUAGUACAUAUGAGGACGUGCUACAUAUGGAUGAGGAUCAUAGUACAUAUGAGGACGUGCUACAUAUGGAUGAGGAUCAUAGUACAUAUAAGGACGUACUACAUAUGGAUGAGGACCAUAGUACAUAUGAGGACGUACUACAUAUGGGUGAGGACCAUAGUACAUAUGAGGACGUGCUACAUAUGGAUGAGGAUCAUAGUACAUAUGAGGACGUGCUACAUAUGGAUGAGGAUCAUAGUACAUAUGAGGACAUACUACAUAUGGAUGAGGAUCAUAGUACAUAUGAGGACAUACUACAUAUGGAUGAGGAUCAUAGUACAUAUGAGGACGUGCUACAUAUGGAUGAGGAUCAUAGUACAUAUGAGGACGUACUACAUAUGGAUGAGGACCAUAGUACAUAUGAGGACGUACUACAUAUGGAUGAGGACCAUAGUACAUAUGAGGACGUGCUACAUAUGGAUGAGGAUCAUAGUACAUAUGAGGACGUGCUACAUAUGGAUGAGGACCAUAGUACAUAUGAGGACGUGCUACAUAUGGAUGAGGAUCAUAGUACAUAUGAGGACGUGCUACAUAUGGAUGAGGAUCAUAGUACAUAUGAGGACAUACUACAUAUGGAUGAGGAUCAUAGUACAUAUGAGGACGUACUACAUAUGGGUGAGGACCAUAGUACAUAUGAGGACAUACUACAUAUGGAUGAGGACCAUAGUACAUAUGAGGACAUACUACAUAUGGAUGAGGAUCAUAGUACAUAUGAGGACAUACUACAUAUGGAUGAGGAUCAUAGUACAUAUGAGGACAUACUACAUAUGGAUGAGGAUCAUAGUACAUAUACCGACUUACAACGCAAUUAUCAAGUCUAA